AUGGCGGACCAUACCGAAGUCGACCUCGACUCUAUAAUCGACCGCCUCUUGGAGGUGCGGGGCAGUCGGCCUGGUAAGCAGGUGCAGCUGCUGGAAGCCGAGAUUCGCUAUCUCUGCACCAAGGCCCGUGAAAUCUUCAUUUCCCAGCCCAUCCUGCUUGAGCUCGAGGCUCCUAUCAAGAUUUGCGGCGAUAUCCACGGUCAAUACUAUGAUCUCCUCCGCCUCUUCGAGUACGGUGGCUUCCCUCCUGAGGCCAACUACCUCUUCCUAGGUGAUUACGUCGAUCGUGGCAAGCAGUCCCUGGAGACCAUCUGCCUGCUCCUCGCCUACAAGAUCAAGUACCCCGAGAACUUCUUCAUCCUUCGUGGCAACCACGAGUGCGCGUCCAUCAACCGUAUCUAUGGUUUUUACGACGAGUGCAAGCGGAGGUACAACAUCAAGCUUUGGAAGACCUUCACCGACUGCUUCAACUGCCUACCGAUCGCUGCCAUUAUCGACGAGAAGAUUUUCACUAUGCACGGUGGUUUGAGCCCGGAUCUUAACUCAAUGGAGCAGAUCCGCCGAGUCAUGCGACCAACUGACAUUCCUGACUGCGGUCUUCUUUGCGAUCUCUUGUGGUCGGAUCCCGAUAAGGACAUUACUGGUUGGAGCGAAAACGAUCGUGGUGUUUCCUUCACAUUCGGCCCGGAUGUCGUUUCUCGCUUCCUCCAAAAACACGACAUGGAUCUGAUCUGCCGUGCUCACCAGGUUGUUGAGGACGGAUAUGAGUUCUUCUCGAAGCGCCAGCUCGUUACUUUGUUUAGUGCCCCCAACUACUGCGGCGAAUUCGACAACGCUGGUGCUAUGAUGAGCGUCGACGAAAGUUUGCUCUGCUCUUUCCAGAUUCUCAAGCCCGCAGAGAAGAAACAGAAGUACGUUCCCAGUCUUAGAUGA